AUGGAUGCAAGCAACGUCUUCAUCUUGAAGACCGCAAUUCCCCUUCAGGAAGUAGCUCAUGCGCGAUGGAAGGCGCAUUGUAAGGCCAAGCGUCGGGCUCUGAAUGAGGAGAUCAACGCCUACAUCCGCCAGGUCGCGGAUGCGCAUUUCUUGUGCCAGGCGUGGAAGACGCAUGAGGCAUGGUAG